AUGAAAAAAUUUCGUUCUCCAAAAAUUCCAGCCCUUUUACUAAUUUUAUUACUCUUUAACCCCGCUAACAUUAUUACUAAGAGCAUAAAAUUGGUAAAUGGCCUGCCCAUAAAUGAUAAUCUACUCAAUAUCCUGCAAAAUGUAGAUCAAGAAUCCAAUCUUUCUAAUAAUACAAAAAAGAUCGACUUCAAGUUGUUUAUAAAUCCAGUGGGUACUGAUGGGAACGAGUUAACUCAUUAUUUAAAGUUGAAAUCAGCUCUUUGGCUAACGAAUGACGAAUUCACGAGUUUGAAGAAUUACUUAGGGGACAGUGAUCUGUCAAACGCCCUUAAGAUUUUAAGGCGGAAGUUUCAUCGUCGCUACGAAUCCCAAAAUUUGGCCAAAGAUUCUCUCAAAUAUCAAUUACUCUCAGCUUUAGCUUUCAGUUCAUUACAGGGUAAGAUUAAUGUACUCAAAAAUGGAUUAAACGAACAAAAGCCUGAGUUAUUAUUGCUAGUUUCAGGCUAUGUGAGUGAUCACAGAAGUGCUCUUGACUGGAAACCCUUGGAACUUGAUGAUUCUGAGUUUUCCUUCAAGGUUGAUACUGGCAAUAGGCCUACAACAGAUCAAACACCCGUCACGGUCACCUCAGAAUACGACUCAUCCGAAUAUCAACGACUUAUUUUUGAUUCAAUCAAACUUCUCGAUGGUAGCAACACUUCUACGGCUCCCGAUGAAUCUGAACAAAAAUCCACUAAACCUGAAGAGUCUACAGAAACCCAAGACUCCAAACAAUUAUCUGCUCAACAAGAAACUACUCCUACUGAAGACUCCAAACCUACAAUACCUGAAGAAACUGAAGACUCUAAACAAGAAUCUACUAAACAGGAAGAAUCUACUCCUAAAGUGACUGAAGAGCCUACAGUACCCGAGAAAUCUGAACAACCAGCAGAGCCUACUAAACAGGAAGAAUCUACUCCUAAAGUGACUGAAGAGCCUACAGUUCCUGAAAAAUCUGAACAACAACCCGCAGAACCUACAGUACCUGGGGAAUCUACUCCUACUCCUAUUGAACAGCCUAAUAAACAAGAAGAAACUAAUAAACAACCUGAAGAGUCUACCACUAUGGAGUCAACUUCUGUUAAUUCAGUAACUCCAAGUUCAACUCCUGAUACGCCUGAACAAACUGAAGAAUCCAAACAAGAAACUACUCAACAACCUGAAGAAGCAGCACAGCAACCUGAACCUACAGUACCUGGGGAAUCUACUGUACCUGACCUAUCUAAAGAAGAAUCUUCAGUUGAAAAAGAUCAAAGUGUCACAAAUAGCGAUAAUACUAGUAAAGUAAAGGAUAGUGAAGUAGUAGAUAAAGAAAAUCCAGCACUAACCGAAAAAACUAAAUCAUUACAAGAUCAAAAUCCUCCAGACAAAACUGAUAACACUCCCAACAGUGUGAAUAACUCUUCAGAAAAUAUUGAAAAUUCGGACAAUAGUAAAGAACUAUCCGAUAAUGAAAAAACUUUGAAAAAGGGUCCACCAAAUUCUCCUGCGGAUUCCACCGCUGCUAAUACUGACGUUAGCAGUGACGAGAUGACUGACAAACUGACCAACGUAGUUAAGAAAGACGGAACGAAUUUAAAGACUACUUUUACUCUGGGAAGUGAUGAUGCCAGCGCCACAAAGUUCCAUAAAUCUAAAAAUGCAUCGUCUGAAUCAGGAGAUGAAUCUACGAGUGAGACUGCAUCUGAAUCCGAGGGUGGAGAAAAGUCUAAUGAGGACUUAUUGACUGAACUUCAGAAGACCCAUCCCCCCUAUAACGAGACUGAACUUAUGAAUAUUUUGCAAAAAGUCGACACUGAGGAUGUGAACCCUUCUUUCAAGUCUCCACUAACAAUCACUCUUAAAAUUGAUUUCUUCUCCAGCGACAAAAGGAUACAUGUUCCUGUGGUAACAUCUGCUUCCCUUUUGCUCCCAGAGACACUGUUCACAAUGUGUUUGCGUGAUGAGCUGACUCAACAGUGUGCUUUUGAGCUGAAGGACCGCCUAAUGGCUCGUUUUGAGGAUGAAAAAUCCCAGGCAUUUAAAUGGGCACACCUCGUGUCACUUCUCCAAGCACUAUCUCUACAAGGAGACGUAUUCAUUGAGAAUUACAACAUGGUUAGUGGAUCAGAGAGUCAAAUUACUAUCUCAAAACGUGAGAUGAUUAUGCCAAUGAAGUCGUUGGCGUUUUUAAAUCAACUUGAGGGUGAGGCCUCCAGCACCAACCAAGAGGCCAAGAUAUCCUUUAAACUCCACAAAGGGGUUCUUAAUAUACCAGUUGGAAUAUCACCCACCGACAUAGGCCAAAACUACGGUGUUCACGCACAACUCACCAGGUUUCUCGAACUCUACGGAGACUUUGAAAUCACACACUCACUAUUUGACCUCCCAACCCAGAAGAGGAACAAACAAGAAAAAUCGGGCAAAACUGGUACCUCCCGUACUGGAAAAGAAGAACCAAGUAAAGUAUACACAAUGGAUGAGUUAUUAUCGAUGAACAUUGAAACGAAGGAUUUAAAUAAUAACAUACACUACAUACUUUCAGAAAGUGAUAUUAUUAGAUAUGAGAGGGCCUUAUUUUCAGUGCCUAAGAGAUUAAGUGGUUAUAAAUUGGUUUGGGAAACAGUGGACAAGCAUCCAGAACUCCAAAGGCUCUGGAUUGAGGCAUUGACCUUGAUGAAGCUGAUGGACAAGAGUGAUAACCUGAAGAAUUUUUUGAACAACCACACUUUUAAGUACCAGGAACUAAAGGACCUAUUUGAGAUAACCUACGGUAUCAUUGCUGCGGACAACUUUGACGAGGCUCGUGAUUUUUAUGAAACUGUAGGUAUAACUCAGAAGGACGUUGACAUGAACUUGGGACGGGUUAGGAGUCUGUUCUUCGCCAAAACCGGAACCAACGUCACUCGACUACCUCCAACUCUUAAGCCCAUGCAUCCCAACUGUCUCAUUAAUAAUAUGAUAACUUCAUUAUCAUCAUAUGAUCUGAUCGAGAGAUUACAGGUGAUGUAUGUUCAAUGGAUUAACCGUUACAAAAAUUCCACGGAUGAUAUAAACUACGAUUUGGCGUUUCUCUGUGCCGGUUCCUCCGUGUUAUUACAGCAUUGGCACUACUUUCAGCUUGACCAGCGGUUCCAUGAUCAACCAGUUCCCUUUAUAACCCUGAUAACAUCAUUUUCCCGUUUGGCUCAAGGCAAAUACAAAAAUCCUGAACGAAAGCAGGAGAUUAAGGACCUGAUCAACUCGAAAGUGGCAAAACAGUGCCGCAAGUACAUUAACGCAGCUGGCAUCCUAGCAACUUCGCCGUACAAGACCGCCACAAUAAACAUGCAACCUAAGUCUCUUCUCGGAGCUAUUGGGAAUGCGUUGAGUGUGUCAAUGGACGCACCCGCUCUAGAGGUUGCCUAUGCCAUGAAGGAUUACUUCAAAGCUGAACUCUCCAAAGGCAAGUUCGGCAACUCUCUUGGCAUUUGUCUUGGUCUACAGCUUCUCUACCGUCUUAAUGGCUGCCUAUCUAUAGAGCGCUCAAACGACUUCUCACUCUAUUCGCACAACUUGUUAACCAUGGACACGAGGGACAUAUUGGAGAAAUAUACUCAAAUCGACUCCAAUACUAAGAACAUUAACAAGUACCACCAAUACCUAAAGUUUGGAUGUGACCCCGACAACGUUACGGUACACGAAGCGUUGUCAAAGCUCAUGUCCCUGGUGUCAACCCAAUCGCACUUAGACCUAAUGGACGAGCUUGUCCGCCGGGAGAUGCUCUCUCCUGACUUCACGCCUGAGGGUUAUCUGGCCGAGCCUCCAGAGGGUUCAGCUAAAUCUGACGUGGUUGAUCUCGAGGACGACACCACCACUCUUCUCGAGGCCUUUGACUCCACCAACGCAAGGUCACUUCUCGAAAUCGCCAAUGAUAUUGAAGAGGGAUCUGAUGAUUCCGACUUCCAAGAAGCUUCAGAAUCCUUUAUUCAACUAGAUCCCUCAUAUACCAAUAAUCCCUAUACCACAGAAGGUUAUGUAUAUAACGUUAGUAAUAUUGGAAUUCCAAAUUUCAAGGAAAUGGACAACUUAUACCAACAACUGCUAAACACUAAUUUACACGGGUUUACAAGUUUAAAUAAGGGGUUCAAUACUAUUAACAAACUUUUUAAUAGCACUGAUUCCUCGGGAAACCAUCCCAAGUCUCAUAAUCAAAGUUCUCACACUAAAUCUGGAGAUAAAACAUUUGGCGGUAUAAUGUUUGAUAUAAGAAUGGAAAGAUUAGAUUCUAGAGAUGAUUUAAUAGCUUUGGACGUACCAUUUACGUUCCAUGAAAAGGAGCUCGAUUUUAUCGAGUCACUGGAAUCGAAAUCGCUUCUCAAACUCCUCAUGUACAGGAUGAAAAAAAGGGUUGAAUCACUAACAAACUUAUACUCUUCGCACGAAAAGCCUAACGGUUCUGGUGUCUUGUUUUUGGAUGAGUUAGUAGCAAAGGCGAAUGUGGACAUAAGUACUUAUGAAAGUUUAUUGCACAUAUUCGAAUUAAUGCCUGAAGACGGCUAUUACUUUGAGUAUGAAGGUCUGGUCAUACCAGACGACAGAGUUGGUAAAUUGACUGCAAAACACAUUUACAAAUCCUUAAAACAUAGUAAUAAGGCCAACGAUAAGAAUAUUCCCCCUAGCAGUUUGGUUUUACAGGUUAUCGACCCAGUGGAUGACCGAGGCAUAAAGGAGUUAACGAUGCCAAAGGAACACAUUAAGAAGCAUGACGAGCUAUUUUACCAGAAAAUGACCGAACUUUAA